AUGCCUCAAUCACCCCCUGCCACGUCAAUUCUUGAGCUACUCACUCAUCCGAACCCGCCCAUUCGCCAUACAAAACCCAAAGGCAAAACAAACUCUCGAAGCCUUAUAUGGUAUUAUCCCAGACAAAUGAGAAAAUGGGAAGAGUUUGAGGACAUCAAUAUCCUCAAGACUAUUUUUGGUGGUAGCUUGCUACGAGAGGCAUGUCAGGAAGAUCGGGCCUUGAGUCCUUAUCCAUACCUUCAUCCCCAGGCAGAUUGCAUCGUGUGCAAUGAAAAUGACACCCGGGAUGUGAUUACCAAAUGGAACAAAACAAUCGUCACUGCGGCCCUAGAUCCUGUUCAACACACUUUCCAUCCUUCUAUUUGGAGCAAAGGCAAUUCCCCAAAAGAUAAACAGAAAAGUCCACUUCCUCCACCAAAGCAAGAACGGCGGCGACAUCAGCCACCUCGCCACAGCUCCCUACAGGCCCGUCAGCCAAGAUCACAAUCAUUGUCAAGACUGCAACCAGAUUCUGGGUCUGUUGCAUGGGCCCCACUCUCGCCUGAGGGUGACAUCAUAACGGAUGCAAAUCGACAAGAAAGAUUUCCGAAAGAGUACAAGCCUUCUACAAAGUGGAAGAGUGAGUCUUUUCUUAAAGGCGGGUUUUUGGAUGGUUCAGGGGCCUUUGAGAGGGGCAAGACGACCGAUAACUUGGCCUGGCCCAUUAGACAGGCUUUCACAUACUGUAUUCAACAUAUGUGUCGCUAUGGCUGUAUCUUGACAUGCGAAGAAGCUUUCAUAUUUCGCAUUAUGCCCCGUGAGGGCGAGCCUAGAAAUCGUGCACAACACACAAAAACGUUGAAAGGCGAGCUUAUAAACAAUGGGUUGAUGGAGUAUAUUUCUAUCCCGUGGGAUAAUCACAGCGACAGAGGUGGAGACGGUCUUGAUGUAUGGACCGUUAACUUGGCUUUGUGGUUUGUUCACAUCCUAGCAGGAAACAAUUUUGAGGCAAGUUGGAGCUAUGUUGACUUGGCUGAUGAAACCUUGAUUCUGUCUCAGCCGGUUGAGGAAUCGAACGAAUCACCGUUGGCUUCCUUGACUCCGGCGGAGGAUCUUGAAGACGAACAAGGUCGGAAACUUAACGAAUCCGAUUCUGCAGAAGAUUCGGACGCAACUCACUUCAAUACUCCUUCAAAACCUAAGCGCAAAAGGGAAAGUGAUGACGAAGACACGGAAGAAGGGUUUCAUCUUUCAUUUUCAAAGCGCCAGAAUAUAUAA